GCGGGGCCGGGGCUCACCUCUGCCGCUCCCCCCCUUGACAAGCCAGCGGGAGGAGCCCAGCACCCAGCCCAGGGGUCCCCAGCUUGUCUGCCCCCCACACCCCAGGCCCCUCAGAAACUCCAAGCGUCUCCUGAUUUGCCUUUGAUCACAUUUUUGUUCCUGUUGCAAAGACCUCCCACGGGUGUUUUUAGCCCUGACGGAGGAUCUGCUCCGGGCAGACAGGGAGGCAAAAGGCUGACUAGAUUCCAGUCCGCGUCGAGUGGAUUUUUAUUUUUGGGGGGUGGCUAAGUGAUAAUAGUUGUGCGGUUUUCGUCCCGAGCCGUGCCGGCGUUGGGGUGACGUCCCCAUCGAGGUGAUGGACUGAGGAGCUCGAGUCGGGGUGCAGACGCAGGCAAUCAAAUCUCUGCUGUAGCCUCUCAGUGAAAGCCUCCACAUUUAUCCUCUGACGUGACUGGCCCACAGCCUUCUAAGUAAGCCCUGACAGUGUUCUGCGCUGCGUGACAGGGCUAGCUCUGGAACAAGCAGUCUCUAGGGUGGGAUGCCUAGAAACUUAAUGUCGGAUUUUUCUGAAAUGGCAUCGGAAAUCUCGCCAAAUUGCACCUUGGGGAACUUGGAAAGAAGUGGGAGCAUGGAGAGUCGCAGAAGCCAGUCUAGGUGCAGGAACUUUACUUUGGAUGAUGAGAGCCUGAAAUAUUUAACUCAUGAGGAAAAGGAUGUUCUCAUGUUUUUUGAGGAAACCAUUGAUUCCUUGGAAGAUGACUUUGAGGACCAGGUCCUACAUGACAGUGGCAUCCACUGUCACUCCCCAAGGUCAACAGAAGAAAAUGCAUCCAGCCAUUCGGAGACAGAAGAUAUCAUUGAUUUAGUGCAAUCGACCCCUGAGAGCAGUGAUCAUGAAGACUCUUCUAACAAAGAUGCCCCAUCAGUGUCGGGGGCUGCUGGAAGAACCGAUAGCCCUAAGCCAGAGGACAACAAGCAGCCUGAGAGGACACCACCUCCUGAUGAUGCCCCAGUCCUUCCUUUGGUGCCUCCAUUGAACCCAGAGAGGUUUCCUCCUCCUCCUGUUGUGCAGCAUCCUAAGCUGCUUCGCUCGGUCCCCACUCCACUCAUCCUGGCUCAGAAAAUAUCUGAGAAGCAGAUGGAGAACAGGGCACGUGCCCCUGGUUCUCCCAAGGAGGUGAUGCCCGUGGAGAAGAAGAAAGUUGCAAUGCAGAAUGGAGAUUAUUUCCCAGCCAUUAAGCACCCUCUGCAACCUGCACCUAAACCCCACAGGUUUCCAAGCAACAUCAACAUAACCAACAUAAGCAGCAAAGAAUUUAGCCAAACCAUCUCUAAGGCAGCAGUCAACGUGCAGGAGCGCAGAGCACAGGUACUGGCCAACAUCAAUGGAGGAGCCUUUUGGGCUGCUGAAAUAGAAGAGAGGCUGCAAAAGAAUGAUCUCUUGGGUCGCAACAGAAGCUCCUCCUUGAAAGAUCUGACUUCUGAACAAACACGAUACGAGGCCCUGAUGAAACUAGGCCUGGCAAAGGAAAGGCCAAGUCACAUCCAGGCAGAUCGUGCUCCAAGCACUCAGAAACUUAGUGACAUGCAAUCCAAACAGGCAGGGACUGUUCUGAAUGGAUAUCAAAAUAUCCAUGAGAUCUUAACAAGUGAACCAAGCCCUUUCCUUCCUGUGGGCAAAACAGUGAUGAUCAAACCACCCGCCACCAUUGUCGGUACCAAGAGCACACAGCAGAAAGUUGCCAGAAGUUUUAACGAAGACAGGCAGGCUGACUUGACCCUAGACAUCAGGAGGAGGUCAGGCUCCCUGCCUAGACCCUCAGGAUUUCGACCUCAAGGAAUAACAGUACAGUUUUCUGGCCGCGGCUCAACGGAAGAAGCCAGGAAAGAGGCUCUUCGAAAACUAGGACUGCUGAAGGAGACUCUGUAAUUUAUGGAAGGGGCUGUCCUGACAGCUGGGAGGCAAGGGAGGUGUCUGGCUUGGCUUGUGCUGGAAUAAUCCAGCAAAACUGCAUUUUCUAGACAGAGGGGAGUGAAAAGCAGUUCUGUGCUCCUGCAAGCCAAGGAGGUACUAAAUGCUGUGCAACCACAGGGCUGUCGGCCGUAUCCGAAGUGGCACUGCUCAGUCAGCAGGGAGGUUCGAAUGCUGCAUCCUAUCCAGUUACUCAUCUGUUCUUCAGUGUGAUUUUGAAGGCACUGUUUAAAACAGUACUGGACUACACCAGAGGGCAUUGCAUUAAUGAAGUGUACUGUGCAGUAUUCUGUUUUUUUAUUUGUACAUAGCUAGCAAAUCCAAUGGAGGAACUUCCUCAUGCUCUACCUUUCUGAAGCCAAAAAACCCUACAGAUUUCCGUCUAGACAUUCAGAGGUCACGUACGUUUAAAGCUGAAGUCUUUGACCUAUGUUACAAGCUUUUAUCACUGCCCCUCACCUUCCCCACCCCUCACCUAUCUUUAUUACCCAGCUCCGGGAGGGACUGGAACUACUUUCUCCUCACCUGUUUCAAGUGACUUGGGACAGAGAGUGGUUUCCCCUUUGGCCUUCAUGUAGGCACAGAGGCCCAAGAUGAGAGUAGGUGACUGCAUUGUCCUGCCACUAAAUUUGUAUGUUGCCCCUCUUCCUCACUAAUUGCUUCUUGAGUGGCUACCGACUUACUCGUCCGGUCUUCUGAGCCCCUGGAAGACCGCGCGUGUCAGUAUUGCACUGACAGCCAAAGCGUCUAGUGACAAUCAGUCAGCUGCUUUCAUUUGAGCUGUGAAAUGCAGCAGAGAAGCCAUAGGUACAAGCUAACUUUGUAUCGAACGCGGGAGUCUUGCCUUUUAAACACGAAUUCAGUGGAGAAAACUUGCCCUGAAACAAUAGCUUGACUCCACUAAGAAGUAGUCCUGGUUCAGUCCCGUUCAUCUGAUUAGCUGACUACUGUUUUGCUUUGUGGUGUGUUUUGUGUUUCCGACUUGAGGGAAGAUCCAGCUUGAAAUGUGGGCUCCAUGACUAGUGUGGGUGGGAAGGACCAAGGAGAGAGAAGCAAGUGCUCGCCUCCCCGUGCAGGAGCCACAGCAAUUUUGCUGGCACCGCAAUGCAAGUUCCUCAAACAAGGGCUGCUGCGGUGGCGCAGGCUCCCUGGGGGCUCUCAUUCUGCUGCCCCUCUGAAUCGUUGCCCUUCUUUCCCACUAACAAGUUAGUCUCUGAAGCUCCAGUCAUUCCCAAAGUUGUAGGGAGACCCUUCUUUGAAGCACCCAGCCAGCUAGUUCAUCAUAAAAGAUGACCCAAAUCCUCGCAUUUCAAACAAAAUGACCAGCCCAGCAAGACUUCCAAAACAACCUGAAUUUGGUGUCUUCUUUCUGGGCUCAGUCGGCAGACUUUACAGGGAGGCUGAAAAUAUUUAAGCAUACAUUUUGGAAGGUGUUUACAGUCCAUACACACAACAGACAAGCUGCUCUCCCUCAACAACACCGGUUUUCCUCUCUGUGUGCAUCCCCAAAUGCGAAGGGUAGAAGCCAGUUUAGAAUCAAAUGCCAAAACCUCAGUCCGUUAAACUCCUGGUCUUAAAUUUACAUAACUGGAGGCCUAAAAUAUCUCACUUUUUCCGUAAGCUCACUCUCUUGCAUCCUUUGAAAGCUUAAGCAAUUUCUCCUCCUUCCCUUUUUUUUGAAUGACUAAAUUAUAAAUCUUGGAAAAUAGGAGGGAGUAGUUACAAUAGAAACUGGCACACCUAUUAUAGGAGCUCUGACACAACUGUGAUAAACAUGUUUAUGUAUUUCCUGUGAUAGAAAGUGUUGCUUAAAAUGCACCGUGUAGACUUUCAUAAAUGAAGCUAUUGUGAAGGAAAAUCUUUUUUUCAUAAUCGUCAACCUGCCUCAUAAGUUAAAGUAAUUUAAAAAAAAUAUAUUUAAUCUGUCUGCUUUGUUUGGUUGGUUGUUUUUUAAAUGACUGCAUUGCCUAUGGAAUCAGGCUGCUUUUCUUAUUUAAUUGAGGGAUUCUUUUCAGACUAUAUUUUCACUCAAAAAGGAUAAAUGAUCACAUUCUUGGAUGUAACAGAUAUCCUGUAUGCAAGUGUUCAGUAAUUUAAAAUAAAAGUGACCAUUCCUCAGGCUAGCAAAGUCCCCAAGUAUGUGUGCAUACCUGCAUGUUGGACGUUAAACACAUAUUUACAAUCUUUGCUAGAGCUGAGCCUUGGUCCCACUUCAGGAGAACACUUAUGCACGUGCUUGUGACUUCUGAACUGCAUGCUUAAGGGCUCUUCUGAAUUUGGUGAAGUAAAAGUAACGUAUUGCUAAUGUGUCAUAACUCACCUUCACUGUUCGAACACUUAUUUUCCUCUAAGCAAAACAAACACAAGUGUUCACAGCUUUCUGUACAUUGAACUUCUGAAUUUUAUUAAAGGAACAUUAAAUACAAAUGCAGACUCCUACGGACCUAUAUUCACAUGUGAUCCAUUAUCUCAACAGUAGCAAGCAUUGAUCAUGUGGUGGUUUGGGAUUUUUUUUUUUUUAAUUGACAACUGAGAUGGUUUAGAGAGAAAGUAACUUGGAACGGACUUGAUUUCAGUACCUUAACAUACCAUUGAAGGAUGAAUUUGGUGUUUAAUACAAAAGUUGUAUAGUUUUUUUGAGUAUUAGCUGAAUUAUAUGCCCCAUUUUUUAUUUCCUGUUGAAUCUUCAGUUGGUAGAUUUGCAUUUAGAUGCACCAAACUGAGGAUCCAGCACAAAGUAUUUAUUGUGGUUCACCCACCUCCCACCUGUCCCACUUGAAAAACCUUCCACUGUGCCUGAAACUGUAGCAAGUAAAGCCAUGUACUAUGUGAAUUUAGAGUAUAGCUGCUAAUAAAUAACCUGUAUAUAAAUGUUAGCUAUAUGUUAUGUAUCAUGCGACUGUGUGUGUGUGUAUGUAAAUGUUGUGAUUUUUGUUUUAAAGUGGAAAUUUUAUCUGGCACAAAUCUAAUUAAAUUAACUAGGAUAAAAUCCAA